UUCCUUUUUUCUUCCUUUUUUUUUUUUUAAAGGUAAAGCAUUCCUUCCUGGAGUUUUUAUCACUCAUACCACAUAGAUGGAGAAUAAAAGGAAUGUGACUGAAUUCAUUUUAACAGGACUUACACAGAACCCCCAAAUGCAGAAAGUCUUGUUUCUGUUAUUUUUGGUCUUGUACAUGGUAUCACUCUCAGGCAACCUGCUCAUUGUGGUUACCAUCACCACCAGCCAGGCUCUGAACUCCCCCAUGUACUUCUUCCUGACCCACCUUUCCUUGAUAGACCUAAUCUAUUGUUCUUCUUCAGCCCCUAAGAUGAUUGUGGAUUCCCUUCAUGAAAAGAAAAUGAUCUCUUUUAAUGGUUGUAUGGCUCAAGUCUAUGCAGAACACAUUUUUGGUGCUACCGAGAUCAUCCUGCUGACGGUGAUGGCCUAUGAUCGCUAUGUCGCCAUUUGCAAACCUCUGCACUAUGCCACCAUCAUGAGCCACAGGCUAUGUAUUCUCCUGCUGGGAGUGGCGUGGGCAGGAGGAUUUCUCCAUGCAACCAUUCAGAUCCUCUUCAUAGUCUGGUUGCCAUUCUGUGGCCCCAAUGUCAUAGAUCACUUCAUGUGUGACUUGUACCCUUUGUUGAAACUCGUCUGCAUGGACACUCACAUCCUGGGUCUCUUUGUUGCUGCCAACAGUGGGUUCAUCUGCUUGUUGAACUUCCUCCUUUUGAUGGUCUCUUAUGUGGUCAUCUUGAGCUCCCUAGGGAACUACAGCUUGGAGGGGAGGCGCAAAGCCCUCUCCACCUGUCUGUCUCACAUCACAGUGGUCAUCUUAUUCUUUGUGCCCUGCAUAUUUGUGUAUCUGCGCCCAGUAACCACACUGCCUAUGGACAAAGCUGUCGCUGUCUUUUAUACUAUGGUGGUUCCUAUGUUAAAUCCCUUAAUCUACACACUCAGAAAUGCUGAGGUAAAAAAUGCUAUGACGAUGCUCUGGAGGAAAAAGGUGACUUUUUAA